CAAUAGAAGAAGAGGACGUCUCGUUUGUUUGUACUCGGCUGCUCGUCAGAAGACCCGCUGAAAUUCAAAGUUUGAAGCGCAGUCACUGGACGUAGUCAUGUGUCGAACACCAAACUGAUUUAUAUAUUUCAAAAUUAUUUCAGGUAGUUAUCCGUAGUCCGUGUUGAAUAGUUCCUGGUGACUGGAAUAUUGUCUCUACAUAUUUUCGGAGCUCAUCAUGGAGCCCUCAGGCAGCGGCAGUCAGCUGAAGAGGCCGAGAGCCCCUCUGUCAGACUCUGAAGACAAUGUCUUCUCAUCCUCAGAACGUAACGAUGGGCAAAAGCGCCAACGCCUGGAUCGGGCUGGUCAGGAGAACCUCAGCCCUAAAACAUCUUCUGGACGUUCAACUGAGCAAGCGCUGAAGCCGGACACACCGGCCAUCAACUCGGUGCGCUCCCGGGUGCAGCAGCUCACCCAGAGACGAGAAGGAGGACCUGUCCUGGCCCAGAGGUGUCUGUCAGAUCCCGGGGCUGACAACCUGUCCAUCAUUCUGCACAACAAGGGCUUCACCGAACAUCUCCUAGGGGAAGAUGAGUUCCAUCAGCGCAUGGAGCGGUUCAAAGCCCCCAUCUUUCAGCCUAGCCCAAGCCUGGUCCCUUCAAGUCCCCGCACCUGCUCGAAUUUAGUCUCUGGCAUCCAACAGAAACUCCAGGACAGCCUAACCCCCAGCUCCAAGCAGGCAGUCUUCAUACGACAGGAGCGAGAGAAAGAGCUGCGCCUGAUAAAUGCUCAACCCAUCAGCGAAAACGCCUGGCUGAAAAGAAGCUCAUCCGAUCCAACAAUAUCUGAGAAGGGGAGGGUCACUCCUGGCCCCUCCCCCUCCACCUGGACGCCUCAUGGAUAUAGAAGGAAAGUCCACUGGCCUCCCGUGCACCCCUGGGACCAGGGAGUUAACUCGGCAGAUGGCAGUUUCACUGAAACUCUUGCUCCUAAAUCAGAGAAGCCAGAGGAGAAAACCACAGGUGAAAAGGAACCAUGUGACACUCUGACUGCUGCCACUUGUGUAGAGAUUGAGAACUGCAGUGAAUAUGAAGAGAAGAACAUGUGUAGGGAGCCAGACUCCCCUAAAGUCGAAAGAGACGACAAAGAGAAGGAAGAAGAUGGUUCCGUGAGGGAGGAGAAGGUCAUAGGGUCUCCUGUUCAGCCCUGUGAGCUAUUCAUUGAUGAAGAUCAGAGUGUUUUAGAGUCGCCCCCUGCCAAGGAGAUGAGCGGGCAGACCCGCGAGUCACCUGUACCGAUCGAAGAGGGAGCGUCCGAGGCUCUGUUGUUGGAGGGAAAGGAAGAGCGCCGUGGCUCCUCCCAUGGCGAAGAGGACAUGGAGCCUUCCACGGACGAAGAACAGCGGCUGUGGCAUUACCCUCAGGGCGGGGACGAUGGGGAGAGGGAGGCCACCGUAGAAGCCUUGGGAGAACCUGAGGGGGAAUCCUGGCCUGCAGGUGAGGAGCAGGAGAAAAGCGGGGGUCAAGGUGCACAGCCAGACGUCCAGGACAGAGACGAUGGCCAGACGAUGGCAUUGGUUUCGAGGGGUUCUGAAAGUCUGGAACCUGAGGAAGCCAUCAUAAUGGAUGAACGCAUAGAGUCAGAAGUCAGCCCUUUGGUUGAAUCCCUUGCAACUGAAAAGGCCAUCAGGCAUUCUAAUGUUGAUCAUUUCGAUGGAGACCGAGAAGCCUGUAAUACGGAUCCAAUGCCGACCGUAGACACGUUGGCUCAAACGGACACGGGGAAAUUAGAAGAAACCUACGUGGAAUUUAAGGGACCAGCAGAACCGAGCAUUCUGGAGCAAACGGAGCCGUGUGGCAGAGCGAGGGAACAUCGAGCUAUGACGGGCAACGACCCUGCGCCCAACCCUGGAGCAGUGGACGACAUGGCUCCAAUGAACCGGUGUGAUCCCACGCACUCCCACCCAGACAAAGCAGCUCAGCCUGCGUCAGAGGACCCAGUAGAAGAGAUGGAAGGACUGGAGCCAGCGCCCGCUGACGGAGGACCCUGUGCUCCAGACGGGCCAAAUGACGACACCCAGACGGAGGCAGAGGAGGCCCCGCCGACAGGCGGGAGAGGCAUUCAGAAGAAAGUCACCUUCAUCAUGGAGCCUGAGCUUAUCAAUGAUUCACUCCUAUCGGAGGCAAACACUUCCUGUGAGUCCCAAGCCGAGAGUAGCUUUUCAGGAGAGCUGAGCUCCCAUGACGAGACCAACACGGCGGAGAUGAUUGACCAGAUGUUCGAGGAGGUGCUGGAGUACGCCGGACGCAUGGAGGAAGAGCGGCGGGACAACGAGGACGCAGAAGACCGCGACAGCGGCAUCGGGAACUACAGUGGGGACAAGAGCAAGAUGGACACCGAGUCCGAGAAGGAGAGGAGUGAGGAAGAGGAGGGGGAGCAGCCCGAGAAGAAGUGCUUGGAGAGAGGGGGAGAGAACGAGGCGCUGGAGACCAGUGAGGACGAGUUGCUGACCUUCCCUCCCAGUGGCAUCCUGUCUCCCCUCAGCAAGUCAGUAGAGGCUGUGGUCACUCCUCUGCAGCGUCUGGCAGUGUCCACUCCCCCGUCUCUGCUCCUGACUCCAGAAGAAGAGCCAUUCACAGCCCCUGCAGCGGAGUCUGCUCCCUUAUACAGCAUUGAUGCCUACCGCACUCAAAGGCAGAGCAAGCUGCCUGCCAUUCAAAGUGUGACUCCUGCAGUUCAGAGGAGGGCCCCAGAGAAAUCCCGCCCUCCGCCUUCUAUCAGCACUAAAGAAAAGAUUGUGGCCCUCACCGAGGAGGCUAGGAAACUGCAGACGGUGAUCUCCCAGACCCUGCAGGCGCUGGGCUGCUGCACCGAUGAGACCCACGGCCGGGGCUCACUGGAAGAGGCCGAGGCGGAGAAGCUCCUGCUGGUCUCCUGUGAGAAGCGUGCAGCUCUGCUGGCGGAGGUGACCAGGCUGAGGGAUGAGAGGGGUUCAGCCUCUGAGGAGCCGGCCGGAGCUGAUGGGGACUACAUCUCCCAGCAGCCCUGCAGAGGGACUGUCAAUAUCGGCAAUGUCCAGCUGCCUCUCAAAGUGGAGUUUGUCUGCUCCUCUCGUAACCGCAAAGGUCGCCCAAGUCACUACUUCUUCAUUCUGAUUCGCUACGGCCCCUGCAACAUCGUGGCAACUCCCUUGGCCACAGCUGCCGACGCCAAAAACGGAGACACGAUCUCGUUCCCCACCUCUGUCACUUUAAAGGACAUUCGCUCCAACUUUGAGAUUGACGUGGAAGUGUAUAGCCUGGCCCACGCAUCAGGGAGCACCUGCACUGUGGAUCGCAUCUCCACCAAACCCCGGGUCACCCCAAGGAAGCUCCUGAGUACAAUCACUCAUCGGUCCAAUAACAGUUUGACAGCUUCCACACUGCCUGCCCUGAACACACGCCGCUCCAGUAGCUUCUGCCUGGUGGGCUCCCAUAAGAUCACUCUGUCCUCGCUGGGACAGACUAAGUUCCCUCUGGAUAAGAUGAAAUUUGAUGGGAAAAUCAGGAAGCUCCUGGGAGAUGAGUUUCAGGAAAAGGUUCCCUUCCUGUCUCCUCUGGAGGGCAACAUCUACCUGCGCCUGGACAGCGAGGGCCACUCCAGUGUGCAGCACCAGGGCUUCCUGACCAUGUUUGAGGUGGUGAAUGGAUUUGGGGCGUGGCACCGGCGCUUCUUCACACUGGAGGGCUCCCACAUGUUUUACUGGAACCACCCCAAUGACAAGGAGGCCAAGGCAGCAGAGGGCACCAUUUCUCUGGCCAGUUCGCCCAGCCUGUGUGUGAAGCCUGUGAAGAGGGACUCCUGUGCUCGACCUUUCACCUUUGAGCUUGUCAGCAACCUCCAAACACAGCUGAGGAAUGAGGCCAAGGAGACCGUAGCAAAGCGCUGGUUCUCCUCAGACACCAAGCAAGAGCGCUGCGACUGGAUGGACAAACUCAACCAGGUACUGCUGGACCUGCACACGUGGACCCCCACACAGGCCCACAGCCAGCCCCAGGAGGCCUCCAGCAGCAGCAGCAGCAGCCUGAGGGAGAGCCUGCUCUAACCCUGCCCUGGGGUGGGGGGGGGAGGCGCGCCUGGCCGACAGCACAUCAAUCAAUAAUCACUCUGUUGGAGCCGAGGUGCAUGAGGGGUGAGCAGGAGUGGGGCCUGCGACAGCCGUUGGCAGUAGAAAAUAGAUUAAGACCUUUUUCUUCACUGCUAAUUUUGCUGCUAAAAUCAAAGUAGAUUAGCUCUAAUCUUGUGUAUUCUUGUUCAUAUCAGAAUUCUUAGAGAAACAAAUUUGUAUUUUUGAGUCGAGGCCUAAGGGAUCCAUUAUUACCUUGAUUGUCACUUGCCAGUUGGAUAUUGUUCUAUUGGGAUGGUGUCCAUUGGUGUUGGCUCUUAUGGGUGCAGGGGAGGAAAUCAAUUAUUUUGGCAAUAAUCUCUCCUGCUAUUAUUGAUCAACUAUUAUUGUUCAAUUACCAUUUUGAGAUGAAGCCUUCUGAUAUGGGCUAAUAUAUUUGAAGUACAAAAGACACAUUUUCAGAUGUGCAUAUUUUGUUUGACUAUAACUGGAAACAACAUAAAAAAAAAGUAGAACACUGCUGCAAUCCUUGACACUAAUAGAAGUCAGAAGAAUAUAUAAUGAAUGUAUAAUAAAGGCAUG